GGAUAGUACCAUGAUGCUCUUGGGCAGCCGCAUCUAAUAUGAGAAAUCUGGGCUCCAUAACCGUGGUCUGGCGAGAUAGUUCCCAUGGAUGUCUUUUUCCUACAGUGAAGCCUGAUUCAAGACUGGAGUAUAAUUAGGAACCGAUCUCUACUUACCAACACUCUGCUUCUACAACACUCUACUGAGGAUUUGAGACAACAUGAAUAUGAAAACACUUCAUCUCGGACUGUUCUUUUUCUUCAUUUGCCUACUGGCAUGCUACCCUACUUGCGUAGAUGGUCGUGAUAUUCCUUUACGUCUACGGUCAUUUUAUCGUGAAGUGAAGAGAUCGGGCUGUAGAAUGCCCCUAGCAACUGGGUUCAAGGAUGGUCAUGGACAUUCCGGUUUCACAUACUGCGGUGACUACAGCAAACGCGGCAUCAUAUACAUCUCAGGUCCUAGAUCUCAUCGCCUCCUAGCCGAUAUGGACGUCGACUGUGAUGGCGCCAAUAACACAGUUGGGAGAUGCGGUAAUGACCCAUCUGGCCAGGGGAAAACUGCAUUCAAGAAUAUUGCCCAGUCCUAUGGUAUACCAGACCUGAACGCCAACAUCCACAGCUACAUCGUAUUCGGGAACGAAGGGGCCGUCCCAUCUUUCAACCCACGGGCCCAUGGCAUGAGACCAUUGAGCGUGAUGGCUGUGAUCUGUAACAAUCAGCUGUUCUACGGCGUCUGGGGAGAUACGAAUGGCGGUGUAGAUACCGGCGAGGCAUCGAUCUCGCUGGCCACCGCUUGUUUCCCCAAUGGGAAUAUCACAGCGGAUAAUGGCCAUCAAGCCCACGAUGUGCUUUAUCUGGGUUUUACUGGCUCGUCAGCUGUGCCGGGAAAGAAAGGGGCUAGGUGGACGGCGAGCAGUUUCGAGGGGUUUGAGGCUUCGUUGGCGCGUAUUGGAGAUAAGUUGGUGAGAAAGAGAGUGCCGAGGAAGAGGUGUAUUGGGAUUUGGAAAUGUGAGAAAUGUAGGAUUUGUUUUUGAUUUUAUUGGGUUGGGUUGGCAAUAUGUUCGAUAUCGAAUGUAUGUGUAUGUAUGAUUUUGGGCUUCAGAUGACUUUGGGUUCGUGGGUAGCUGAUAUACAGUACAACUUUAUGGCUGAAGACAAUAUAAUCUAUAUCUAGCUGUUGUAUACCAUAGUUAGUUCUCUGGUCGUUUUCGUCGUCAGUACCAUAACU